AUGACCUCACCAUUGUUAUCGUCUACAGCCUCGCCGCGCAAGAUUAUAUCCGAGAGUUCAGACCCUCGUAGCCUGGCCGGUGGUAAAUUAGCACAACUUGUUUCCAAGUUCGAGUUCCUUGAUGCUGUUGCUUCGGUUGGCAAUUCGCCUUGUGGUUUGUCAAAACCCAACCCCGUUGCUGCUAUCACUUCCCCUUCUAUAGCUGGACAGACUCCGUCAAAACCAUCGAAAUUAUCGCCUCAAGAGUCGAUCAAUGCACGUGAAAGAAGCUCGAUCGAUAGUUGUCUCUCAUCCAAUCGCUUUGCUACUUCAAGUCAAAAACCCAUUCCUGCCCGCCGAGUACAAACCUUGGGGACCAAAUCACCCGUUAUCCCAAGCAAAAGUGUUGACACAAAAUCGAGGCAAAAGUCUGUUGCAGAGAGGAGAAAGAUAUUUGAGACAGCAAGCCAGCAAACUGGAAUCUCAGUUUCUCCCUGUGCGCCUUUAGUUCCUCGGUCACCAUCACGGCUGGCCCAUUCCAAAAGCUGGCGGUCGCUCAAGAGCAGGCGUUCUGCCGCACAAUCUUCUGCAGAUCAUGAGUCAACAGACCAUGACCCAAACGCAACCUCAAAAACACGUUCUCCGGCAUCCCGAUUGAUCCCCUCGCCCAGGACUCUUCUGGCUUCUGACGAUCCGUUUGUAACGUGGCGAUCCCCAUUGACCCGGCCAGACGAUUCAUGGACGUCCUUCAAGUAUAGCAGUCUCGCGACAACGACACCAGAUGCAAGCCCAAGCUAUAUAAGGUCCCAGUAUACCGAAGCGUCAUCGCGAAUGGAUAAGAGACUAUCGGCACACGAUGUCAAAUUCGAGUCUGUACGCCCCAAUGAUCCUGCCCAAAGACAAACCUCAACCGAAGAAAAUCGACAUCACGGAUGGGUGCGCCAUGCUCAAAAGAUAGCAUCUUCAUUGUCUAACACAGUAUAUGGGGGAACCUCAAGCACCCGAAACAAAUCUCUUACACCUCCUAAUACCUUUGAUCAGGUUCCCUUCAGCAAGAAUGAUCACAUGCCCUUCAAGCUUACGAGCGCAAGCAGCACAAGUCGUCCCAAGCUGCCACAUUCUAAAAUCUCAGGCUUUCGAAAAAGACUUGAACAGUCAAAAGAACGACCAUCAGUUGCAUUUGCGCUUAUUAACAAGAAGCGUCACGAAUCCGUCCCCACAACGGUUGGAGCGCCAAUUUCACAUCCGGGACUUCCACUACCCAAGUCUUUUAGUUCAACAGAGUCGGAAGUUUUAAAUACACCAAAGGUUAGGUCCAAAAGCCAUGCCCCUUACCGAAGCCAGACCCCUGUGAGAUCACUUCAAAAUUCAGUUGGACGUCGGAACACGGAGAAAAGUGACUCGCCUCUGAAGCAAAAGAUCAAUCUUUUCGAGUCAUUGGAUCGCCAUAAUUCGUCUUCUCAUGAUCUCAUCGUGGGAAUUGACAGCCAACAAACAUUUGCCAAGCCUGAUGAACGAAGGGGCUCAAUCAUAGCCCCCCUCCGAUCCUUUCGGGGAAAGUUACGGCGAAUAUCUACGUCUUGUCGAAGAACACCAUCAGAAUGGAGCACUACGAGUUCGAGAGAUGUCGGUAACUCCGCAAUGCAAAGUUCUGAUACCAGCCUGGUGGCUCAAGAAGAACAAACUGUUACGGCAACAGCUGAGGAACCCUUGUCACCCCACACGAUUGAUCCCAUUCCAUUGCAGCCUAUUCUCAAGCAGACCUUUCUCACCAAUGAAAUAUCACCUCUUGUGCUGGAAAAGCCUUUGUCUUUCCCUCGAGCUUCCGUUGCCCGAACGGGCUUUAAUAUUGAUGGUGAGGCUGGCUCGGGUAUAGCGCCCCUUCCUUUGUUCGCCGAACCUCAAAGACGAUUCUCUCGCACUAAGCAUGUUCUCUCUCGAGCUGCCAACCGGUUUUCCCUCCCAGAUACUGAAACCGAAUUUGAGUUACUUGAACUUCUCGAGGACAAUCUCAAAAGUGUGUCUGAAGAGAGUCCCCCCAUCUCUAAUGCGCGCUGUUUGUUAGAACAACCCAGACCAGUGCGCGCAAAUGAGCUGAGACGACUUGUCAGUAUGUGCAAGGACAAAGUCAGAAAGAUCUCAGGUGGUCGUAGCGAGUAA